AUGGCUCUGUUACAUAAAAAGUCCUCGGAUAUUCCAAAGGAUGCAGUGAGGUUAAGCGAGGAAGAAGCAAUACAAUACUUCUUGAAGUUGGUACAUCGUUGGGAUAACAAAUCGGAUGUUUGGCCCAUGAUCUAUACCCCCGGCAUUCUUGGUGCCUGCACAGUGGUCUCGGGAUUUUACAUUAACCACUAUUAUAGGCGUGUGUUGAAGCUUGGAAAUUAUGGGCGACUUUCCAGCUAUUUACCUGCUGUUGCUUUACCGGCUAUAAUGGCCACCAUGUUUCAUUCUGUGUUUGUGGUGCCGGACUUGAUACUGAACCAGCAAUCUUGCCCCGUUUGUCUACAAACUCGCGCUGCUGCAUUUCAGGGUGGUUUUUCUGUAGCGUAUCCUAUGCUGUUGGUCCCACUGUCUUCGUUUAUGUUCGCUACGCGCCACUUCACUUAUCGCCUCCCAUCUAUCACCGAGAAACCCCGGGAUGUAUUGAAGUUGUACAAGAAACUUUCUGGACCAAUUAUGCUGCCAAUCACGUUUUUGUUAGCAUUUAAUGUUGGGCUAAGCAUGUUCCUGACAGGUAAAGAAUUUCAAACGGUUUAUAAAAUUAAUCUAAAACUACUGGAGUUUGAGCGUCGGUUGGAAGACGAAAAUGUACUAUCAACUGAGUCGUAA